AAUUUUAUAAUGAAAUUUGAAAAGAUUGUAAAUGAUGAAGUACUGGUGAAAAAACCACAUAAGAUUGAAUGGCAAAUUAUUUGGGCAAAUGUUAUUAUUGUCAUAUAUAUUCAUUUUACUGCCCUUUAUGGAAUAUAUUUAACCAUUUUUUAUCCUAUUAAACUUUGGACUUUCAUCUGGUUCUUCGCUGUUGGUAUAUUUUCAAAUAUAGGAUCCACUGCUGGCGUUCAUAGAUUAUGGUCUCAUCGGUCUUAUAAGGCAAAGUGGCCGAUGAAACUUAUUCUUAUGAUUUUCCAGACUAUUUCGUAUCAAGGUCACAUUUACGGAUGGGUUAGGGAUCACAGAGUACACCAUAAAUUUACUGACACUGAUGCAGAUCCAUAUAAUGCACGUAAAGGAUUCUUUUUUUCGCAUAUUGGUUGGAUUUUGGUUCAUAAACAUCCAGACGUCAUCAGCAAGGGUGCUAUGAUCGACUUGAGUGAUCUUAAACAAGAUUGCCUUGUGGUCUUUCAGAGAAAGUACGAUGGACAUAGUUUAUUCUGCAGGAGCAAAUUUAAUAAAUGUUUAUUUUAUCACAGAUCAAUUAGCCCCACCGAAAAUGCAGUUGUCUCUUUUAUAUCGUGUGGCGAAGGCUGGCACAAUUAUCAUCACGUUUUCCCUUGGGAUUACAAAGCGGCGGAACUUGGAAAUUAUAAGCUCAAUAUUGCUACAGCUUUUAUUGAUUUUUUUGCUUAUCUAGGUUUAGCUUAUGAUUUAAAAACUGCAUCUGCCAAAAUUGUGAAAAAACGUGCUCUUCGAAACAGCGAAAUAAAUUAAAAUAAAUAAAAAAUGUAUGUGUUACAUGUAAUU